GUAAAAAUGGGAGAGGACAAAAACUCAAUAAUUUGUUCGAUCUGUCUGGAUCUACUGAAGGAUCCAGUGACUAUUCCCUGUGGACACAGCUACUGUAUGGGCUGUAUUAAGGGCUGUUUUGAUCAGGAAUAUGAAAAGGGUAUCUACAGCUGCCCCCAGUGCAGACAGACCUUCAUACCAAGACCUGUUCUAAACAGGAACACCACCCUGGCUGAAUUGAUGGAGAAUCUGAAGAAGACAAGACUCCAAGCUGCUCCUCCUGAUCAUUAUUAUGCUGGACCUGGAGAUGUGGAGUGUGAUUCCUGCACUAGGAGAAAACUCAAAGCCGUCAAGUCCUGUCUGGUGUGUCUGGCCUCUUACUGUGAGACUCACCUCCAGCCUCAUUAUGAAGUAGCUCCCUUAAAGAAACACAAGUUGGUCCAAGCCUCCAGACAACUACAGGAGAAGAUCUGCUCUCAUCAUGACAAACUACUGGAGGUGUACUGUCGUACUGAUCAGCAGUGUAUAUGUCUGCUCUGUAUAAUGGAUGAACAUAAAGGCCAUGAUACAGUCUCGGCUGCAGCAGAAAGGACAGAAAAACUGAAACAGUUGUGGGAGAAACAUCAGACUUCCCAGAAGAGAAUCCAGGAGGGAGAGAAAGAGAUUCAGGAGCUGAGACAGGCUGUGGACACUCUGAAGCGCUCUGCACAGGCAGCAGUGGAGGACAGUGAGAGGAUCUUUAAUGUGCUGAUCUGCUCCAUUGAGAGAAGACGCUCUGAGUUGAAAGAGCUGAUCAGAGCUCAGGAGAAGACUGAAGUGAGUCGAGCUGAAGGACUCUUGGAGCAACUGGGACUGGAGGUUGCUGAGCUGAGGAGGAGAGAUGUUGAGCUAAAACAACUUUCAGACACAGAGGAUCACAUCCAUUUCCUCCAGAAUUUCCAGUCUCUCUGUGUCUCUCCUGUACAUGAGGUCUUACCCAGCCUCACUAUCUAUCCACACAUCUCCUUUGAGCAUUUAAAGAAAUCAAUUUCUGGACUGAAAGAUCAACUAGAGGAUGUAUUCAAGAAGGAAAUGGACAAGAUAUCAUGGAAAGUGACUACAGUUCAGAUUGAAAGCCCUGCUGAGCCCAAGACCAGAGAGGAUUUCUUAACAUACUCUUGGAACCUGACAUUGGAUCCCAAUACAGCGAAUCAGUACCUGUGUCUGUCUAAUGGGAACAGAGAGGUGACACAGACUUUUAAGGUCCAGUCCUAUCCUGACCAUCCAGACAGAUUUACCUCCUACUACCAAGUGCUGUGUAGAGAGGGUCUGUCUAGAGUCUGUUACUGGGAGGUACAGUGGAGUGAGUUAUGGGUUGGUGUAGCUGUCUCUUAUAAAGAUAUAAGCAGGAAAGGAAGUGGUAAUAAUGUUAAGUGUGUGUUUGGUCAUAAUGAUCAGUCCUGGAGAUUAUACUGCUCUAAAUCCAGUUGUUGUUUCUACCACAAUAAUAACCGGACUGAUAUCCCUGUUCCCUGCUCCUCCAGAGUAGGAGUGUAUCUGAACCACAGGGCAGGAACUCUGUCCUUCUACAGUGUCUCUGAAACAAUGACCCUCCUCUACAGAGUCCAGACCACAUUCACCCAGCCACUCUAUCCUGGGUUCACUGUUUACGGAUCUGUGAAGAUACUGACAUCUAUUCAGAGAUAGAUUUAUCAGCUUGCUGGUGUCAAUGGAUUGUUUGACUGUUAAUUUGAGAUUACAGAUCUCAAAGAGUAAAGUAUGUUGUGGUUAUGAAUUUGCUUGUACAGAGUUGUCAAUCAAACCAAGUGCAACAAAGUGAGCCUAAGCCCUAGAUUCCUGAAUACACAUGAACACAAUGUGACAUGCAUGGACUUCAAUGGUAUAGAGAGUUGAUAUUAUGACCUGUUUUUUCACUCGUCUUUGAUUUGAGUGUGUGUAUAAAAAAGAGUGUGAAUUUUUUAACAGAACGAUUAAUAAUUUUUAUUGUAAACAUCUUUGAAAAUAAUUGAUUUAUUGACAGUGUAGAAUGUUUCUUUUUAAUUUAAUUCCAGAUGAAGGUAGAAUAACAUCUCAUGUUUGAUCAUCUGGUAUUUCUACACUAUCUGGACAUUAACCUGUUAGGGGAGUAAAUCACAGUGGACUAAGAGUGUUUUCCAUGUCUUGUGGUGACUAUUCAGAAAUGGGUCAGUACAGAUGUAGUUGAUAUACACUGGCCAAAAGAAUUAAGAUAACACAAUCAUCACAGUAUAACACCAAGUUAAUUAAACUUCAGGGAUAUCAAUUUGUCCAGUUAGGAAGCAUAAGCGAUUGUGAAUCAAUGUCACCUGUUUUAGUGCAAGUGGAAGUAACAACAGGUGUACUGGAGGGGCAACAGUAAGGCAACCCAGAAAAAAGGAAUGGUUUUGCACAUGGUGGCCAGAGACAAUUGCUCUCUCCUUAUCCUUCCUGACAGAUUCUUCUCUAGUUUAGCAUUUUUCUAGUGUCCUUGUCACUGCUGGUAAUAUGAGGCGGUACAUGCAGCCCAUUCAGGUUGGACAGGCAGUCCAGCUCCUUCAGGAUGGCAUCAAUAAGUGCCGCCGCUAGAAGGUUUGCUGUGUCUCCCAGUACAGUCUCAAGAGCAUGGAGGAAAUGGGCCGUUACACGAGGAGAGC